UGGUGAAAAGAGUUAAACUUUAAAAAAAAAAAAAUAAAGAUUCACUGUAAAUGGAAAUGUCGUUAGGCUACGGUUGAUGAAAUGGGAAGCAUAUAAGCAGCAAAGGAACGGGCCCAAGAGAGUUGGGCGUUUGGUGGAUCCACGCGCUUCACACAAUGCUCAUCUGACUUCUCUGCCGCUCAGCCACGCUGAAUUUGACUUUCUUUGUAAGCUCGGAGAUUGGAUCUUGAUUCCGAGGGAGGCUAUGGUUGAGAUGGAGUUGACCAAGAUAGAGGCGGAGCCGCCGCCGGCGGCGGUGGCGGAGGAGGGGGAGGAAGAGAGCAUGUUGCUAUUGGAGAGUGAUGGAAUGCUGGUCUACCAUGGCGGCGGCGUUGGGGAGAGUCUUUCUGGGAAUAUCCAUAGCUUUAAUGUUGACCAGAUGGAUGUGGAAAAAUCUGGCAGUUCUCACCAGGAUGGCCAAGAUUCAUGGCUUCAGGCUGGAAUUGUUCUCACCACUGGUCUCAACAGUGCUUAUGCUCUAGGAUUUGCUGGCACAGUCAUGGUUCCUCUCGGUUGGAUUGGUGGCGUGGUAGGUUUUGUCCUAGCAAAUGCUAUCUCGUUAUAUACAAGUUGUCUAUUAGCUAAGCUUCAUGAAUUUGGGGGAAAGAGGCAUAACAGAUAUAGAGACCUUGCAGGAUUUAUUUAUGGUAAGACUGCUUAUUCAGUUAUUUGGGGAUUGCAAUAUACAAAUCUGUUUUUGGUAAAUGUUGGAUAUCUCAUUUUGGGUGGCCAUGCUUUAAAGGCCUUUUAUGUUCUAUUUAGUGACGACCAUCAAAUGAAGCUUCCACACUUCAUUGCAAUAGCUGGAGUGGGAUGCGCCCUUUUUUCCAUUGGAAUACCUAAUUUGUCAGCGAUGAGGGCAUGGCUAUGGGUUUCAACGCUCCUUAGUGUGGUCUAUAUGUGUGCAACGUUUAUUUUGUCACUUAAAGAUGGUAUCAACUCUCCUCCUAGGGACUACGCCAUUCCUGGAACAACAGCAAGCAAGGCUUUUACUAUUAUUUGUGGAGUUGGAAAUGUUCUUUUGGUUUUUAAUUCAGGAAUGAUUCCAGAGAUACAGGCUACAGUGAGACCGCCUGCUGUAAAGAACAUGAUGAAGGCUCUCUACUUUCAGUUUACUUUAGGCGUUCUGCCCAUGUUUGCUGUUACUUUCGUGGGGUAUUGGGCUUAUGGGUCUAGCUCAUCGUCCUAUUUGCUCAGUAAUGUCCAUGGUCCGACUUGGAUAAAGGCCGUCUCUAACAUGUUUGCUUUCUUACAAGCAAUCAUAUCUAUGCAUAUAUUUGCAUCUCCAACAUACGAGUUUUUUGAUUCAAAGUUUGAAAUUGAAGGAAGCGUUCUGGUUCCUCGCAACCUGGCAUUCAGGACAGCGCUUAGAGGUGGGUAUAUAGCUCUAACCGCCUUCGUGUCUGCUCUGCUUCCUUUCCUCGGAGAUUUCAUGAGCCUUGCUAGCGCUUUAAGCGUCCUCCCACUCACGUUUGUAGUCUCGAACCACAUGUACCUUGUGGCUGAAGAAGGCAAGCUGUCUUCCUUACAGAAGAGGUGGCACUGGUUAAAUGUUGGUUUGUUUAGUUGCUUCUGUGUUGUCAUGCUUGUUGCAGCCAUACAUCUUAUUGCAUUAGACUCUAAAACUUACAGUGUAUUUGCUGAUUUAUGAUUUUCUUGAGUGGAGACUGAUGCCUUUAGUGUCCAUUUUAAGGUUUUGAUUAAUGAUGUUUGGCAUCAGAUCUCCACUCACAUUAUAUAAUUCAUCACUUGUUGUAAGUUGUAACUGUCCUCUUAACACAUUCAUUGCAAUACAAUACAAUACAAUUUUGCUUUUUUGAAGGCAA